UUCCAGGAAGGGUGGAUGCGCUGGUUCCGCCUUCGCAGUGGUGCUGAGGAGAGGUUUCCGACCAGCUCUGACUGUUUUGAAUCUUGGCGCUGGCGCAAUAAGCAGUUUAGCUGUUGGUUAGCAGAGAAGAAACUAUGUGAAGCAGAACUCUGAAUUCUGAAAGACACCAUUUCACCAUGGGACAGCAAAUCUCGGAUCAGACGCAGUUGGUUAUUAACAAGUUACCAGAAAAAGUAGCAAAACACGUCACCUUGGUUCGAGAAAGUAGUUCUUUAACUUAUGAAGAAUUUCUUGGGAGAGUAGCUGAACUCAAUGAUGUAACUGCUAAGGUAGCUGCUGGCCAGGAAAAGCAUCUUCUCUUUGAGGUACAACCUGGGUCUGAUUCUUCUGCCUUUUGGAAAGUGGUUGUACGGGUGGUCUGUACCAAGAUUAACAAAAGCAGUGGUAUUGUGGAAGCAUCACGGAUCAUGAAUUUAUACCAGUUUAUUCAGCUUUAUAAAGACAUCACAAGUCAAGCUGCUGGAGUGUUGGCUCAGAGCUCCAUCUCUGAAGAGCCCGAUGGGAACCCGUCCUCUGCAAUGUCAUGUCAGGCUAGUCUGUGGAUGGGCAGGGUGAAGCAGCUGACUGAUGAAGAGGAGUGUUGUAUCUGCAUGGACGGCCGAGCUGACCUCAUCCUGCCCUGUGCUCACAGCUUCUGUCAGAAGUGUAUUGAUAAAUGGAGUGAUCGGCACAGGAACUGCCCCAUUUGUCGCCUACAAAUGACUGGAGCAAAUGAAUCGUGGGUGGUGUCAGAUGCUCCCACUGAAGAUGACAUGGCUAACUAUAUUCUUAAUAUGGCCGAUGAGGCAGGCCAGCCCCACAGGCCGUGAUGGGGAAGAUUGUUUUUAUGAGCUACAGAUAUGCUGUGGUCAUAGAGGAGGAGUAGAGGGAUGUGUGGCACACACAGGAAGAUCAGUGUUCACACCCUCUUAUUUUUGCUACUCUGAUAAUAUGUCCCGUUCUUAAAUAAACUCCAUGUCUUCCAUGUAGGGUGGGCUACAGUUUGCUACUGUUUGGCCAUAGUCCCCACUGUCCACCUGUCCUUUGUUGCUCUUGAGCCCUGUGCUACAGAUAGCAGCAAUACUUGACAUAACUACUUUUCAGGGAGGGGUGUUUUUAGCUAGGUUUAAAUUUUAGGGUGUUGAAAGUUGUAACCAUCUGAGAUAAACGACUGAAACUAAUGUCUCAGUGGGAGUUGCUAUUGCUGGGACCUGAGCGAGUGCACUCUGCCCCCUUGUGGUUUAUUCUGGAUCCUCCACUACUGUGGCCCAAUUGCUUCCUGAUGUUACCUGUAACUUCGGCAGUGGUUUCCAGGACGAUUCUGUGUCAUUGCCAUGCUGCUGCACUCACAGAAGCACACAGAGGUUGGGACUUCGUCUUACAAAUGGACUCUACUGGAAGAAUCGUCAUGGCUGUUCUCCAGACCUGGGGAGGUGUUCACUGGAUUUUUCAUAAUGCCCAUGUAGCUUGGCUUUUCAGAAGGAAAUCUUUCUUUAUCUUAUAUACAUAUUUUGUAUUUCCAGGUUACACUGAGUCAUCCAGUACUGAACUAGAGUGUGCUUAUCUUAGGUAAAGGCAACUCUCAGAGGCUUCGGUUUCCUUAGGUCUCUUAGACUAAAAGAAAAGGAAGAUCAGAAGAAACUUCACCAUGUAUUUGUAAACCCUGAAAUCCAGAGAGUGAUUGACUUUCUUCUCUUUUCUCUGCACUCCUUCAAGAGUCUAAAGAGACUCUUGGAAUAAGAAUGUUGAUGUUAACAGUUCAGCCUAUAAGAAAACUAGUGCAUGAACUCAAGUCACCGUUAAGAAAUUUUAGCAUUCCAUUUUCUCACUGAUUAAUUGCAGAUUUUCCUAAGUACAAAGGUAUGAAAUUGAAGUUGCUGCUUAUUGAUUUUUAAUUAAGAUAUUAAUGGGCAUGCAAAUAAAAUCCCUUUCAAAGAAAAAGAUCUGGCUUGAUUCUGCACCCCCUCCCCCAUACCAAAGACUUAAACUGUCUACUGACUGUCACAAUAGAACAGUGAAGUAUAAAAUGGCCAAGUCGACCUGCCGGGUGUGUGGGCAAGUGCAGUGCUGUCCUCUCUCCUAGCUUAGCUGUGCAGUGACGGUUUCCCAGCCUGAGACAGCCUUACUCUACUGUUGGUUUCUGUUGAGAAACUGAGACUGUAUUUGUGGCUUUCAACCCUUAACAGUGAAACUUCUUUCAAGUAAAUUUUGAGAGUUCAUAUGUACUGAGUGUAUGUAUACAUGCUACCCCAUUCUGUAGAAGCUACAUUUUAUUAAUACAGGUGUCCUUUUAUAAACUUAGUAUAGUCACUAUAAAGUAAAUCAGUGUAGGAAAAUGUCACAGUGAUUGGUGGUGCCGUUUCAUUAGAAUCUAGUGAAUAACAUAUUUGUAUGAUAAAAAGCUUCUGUUGUGUAAAAAUAAUAUUUCAGGACUGGGGUGUAGCUCAGUUGGUAGAGUUCUUGCCUAGCAUACAUGAAGCCCUGCAUUCCAUCUCAGCACUGCAUAAAAACAAACAGUGGUGUAUGUCUGUAGUCCCGGCCCUUGAAAGGAGGAAGCAGAAGUUCAAGGAUAUCCUCAACUCAUAUUGAGUUCAAGGCCAGCCUGGACUACACUGAGACCCUGUUUCAAAAAAUUGUGUGUGGUAAGGUUGGAGAAAUGGUCCAGUAGCUGAGAGCAAUUGCUAUUCUUGCAGAGGACUAGAGUUCAGUUCCCAGCACCUACAUUGGUGGAUCACCACAGCCUUUAACUCCAGGGCCAGGAGAUCCAACACCCUCUUCUUCUUCUGACCUCCUAGGGUACCCCCACAAAUCUCUCUCUCUCUCUCUCUCCCUCCCUCCCCCCCCCUCUCUCUCACACACACACACAAACAAAUAAAUCUUUAAAACAUUUUAAAAUUUAUAUUUGUAGAUGAUUCAACCUCUCGUGUUGAUUCUCAAGUGCUCUAUGGAACAUUGUUUUAAAACCUUGGGAUAAGUGACCCUCUGAGAUAUUUUCCAACCCUAAAAUUUUAAAUUGUUUUUUUUGGAUUAGAGUUGUUGGGUUUAAUUCAAAUUGCCUAAUUGAAAAAUGUUUCUGAAAGUAAAUAACAUAGUUUUAUUGGUUUGGGUUCCUUUCAGCAGUAGCCAAAACUUUUAUUCCCCAGAAUCCCUCACUUUUGAAGGAAUUAAUAAUGAGUCUGGUAACUUGAUAUUGCCCUUAGCCCUUUCCUUAUAGUGUGAGCUCCAAGAUUCGAACUGAUCCACUGUGAAAUGCCGGAGUCUCUGCUUGCCUCAUCAGGUAAAGGAGCAGAGCUUUUUGUUCAUUCCAUCUUUCUUCAGAUGUGAAUGGUAUAGGGCCCACCUGCUGUUCAGAGAGGCUGUAGCUUUGUCUCCUGAGUAAAUAGACACUUUUCUACUCUGUACAGUUUUGUCUUUUCAAAAUAAGAAGUACUUAAAUGCAUUUACCAUGGUAGAGAAUCGUGUGCCUUCUGAGAUGUGUGAGCUGCCUCCUGCUCUAGGGAGUUUUUGUUCUAUGCUCAUUCAGUAACUGUGGGUUGACUGGGAUGCUGUAGACACUGGAUUCAGAAAAUGAACUUGGCUGUGUACUGGUGUAAAGACAGCAGAACCUGUUUUAUUCUUAGGAAAAACUGAUACAGUGUGCAAUAAGUAAACUUUGCAAGUGAACAUUAGCUAAUGAAAAAGACUUUUGCUUAUGUAAUUUCACAUUCUUAUGUACUAAAUAUUUAUAUUUAUUAGAAGAAUGUUUUAUAUUGUGCUCUGAGGAUCAUGGUGUUUUCGUGCUAUGUUUUGAUGAUUUCCUUAUAUUAAUAUAUAUCUGGGUAAUAAGGCUGCUUGGAAACCUUUUGGUUCCCUGAUUUUUAACACUGGGAAGUUGGGUUCAUUAAAAAAUAGUCCAAAUAA